CGUUCCGAAUAUUUGAAAGUUCACUCAUGUAACCAUUCAUCUGAAAGAUUUAAGUUUAGUUACUGUCGGGGACGGGGUAAUAAUUUAAUUGAAGUGAGCUCAGUUACUUUACUGAUACGAUACAGUGUAUUAUCUCGUGAGCGAAUAUUUACCAGUGGAAAUUUUAAUACCAGUUGUUGUAACGCUAGAUAAUUUAAUAUGGGGACAGAAACCGAUGAUAACCCUGCAGAUCACAGAAACACUUUUCAACCAUCUCCAGAAGAGCUCGAACACUGGAUGCAGAAGGCUUUUGACAUGGCUAAAGAAGCUUUAGAGAACGGCGAAGUGCCUGUUGGAUGUCUCAUGGUGUACAACAACGAGGUCCUAGGCAGAGGGAGAAACGAAGUGAAUGAAACUAAAAAUGCCACCCGGCAUGCAGAGAUGGUUGCUUUGGACCAUGUGCUGCAAUGGUGUCACCAGGAGAACAGGAACUCCAAGGAGGUGUUUAAGGAAACCGUCCUCUACGUGACAGUGGAACCCUGCAUCAUGUGUGCUGGGGCCUUACGGCUGCUGAACAUCCCCCUGGUGGUGUACGGGUGCCGAAACGAGCGGUUUGGCGGAUGCGGGUCGGUGCUGAACGUUCCGGCAGACGAGCUGCCGCGCACUGGAGCGCCAUUCAAGUGCAUAUCGGGCUUCAGGUCUGAGGAGGCUGUGGAGCUGCUGAAAUUGUUUUACAAGCAGGAAAACCCAAAUGCCCCGAAACCGAAAGCAAGAAAAGACUGAAGAAGGAAAGUUCUACAUGUGUACACCAGGGGGCUCUAGUCAUCAAGCAAUGAAGUCGGUGGCAAGGGGCCAUGCGGCUCGGAGGCUAUGCGUUCUCUGAAACGAACUGGAAAAAAGGCUUGAUUUGACCGCGGUCUGCACAAAUCACUCUUCGUUAUUCUUUUAAGAAAAACGAUUUAAGGCCUUCUUCUGUAUUUUAUCUGAGAUCCGUGAAUGUAUCCUGUAAUAUUCGUGAAAGUCUUUUUUGUUGUUGUAAUUGUGUGGCUGCAUUUUGUGUGUCAUGCCAUGUUCUAUGAGUCUUAAUGCCGCUUGUGCAGGCCACAUAAAUUCAGUGCAUAAAAUAUAGUGUAAUACAGUGCUGAUCUAAUUUGACGUGAUUUUAAUUUGAUUGCAGAGCGGAAAAGGAGGUUUUUGUACAGAGCAGCGUUGUACAGUACGUGAACCUCUCUCAAAUGUGGGUUUCCUGCAAGGCUGUGGGAAUAGCCGAGUGGACCAUCAGCUUUACUGGGGUAACGGUUCUGACACAAAUUGGCGGGGCACUGAAUCGUUGUGUGGACUUGCCUCUGGCCUACUCCCGCCUCCCCCCCCCCCCCCCCCCCCCCCUCUGUCCUCGUGUGACCCAGAUCCCAGGCUCCGGCUCCCUCCGUUUCCCCUGGUAACGGUGCAGGUGCGUGCACAGAUCGUUGGAAUGGCUGCUCUCUGCCGGUUCGAUUCCUGCGAUGGAACGGGCGCGGUCUGUCAUCCCUUUGACAGCCCGACGGGCGGACUAGUAGCAGUUUGAUGAGCUUGCGCUCUUCCUGCAGACUAAUCUAUCCGUUCGCUCUCCUUUUUCUUUUUUCUGUGCGCUGGCUGUGGUUCCAGCUCAGAACUGGGAGUAGAGUGUGUUGAUGUGUAUGAAAGGGAAAAGAAAUCUUCCUGGAAGAGGGCCUACAUAUCGGACAACAUGCCACAAGGUCUUGAUUACACAGGCCACGAUUUAUGUCAUCAAGACAGACUGGGAAUAUUUUCCUUUGUACAGAUCAAAGCAAUACCAUGAGCAUGAUUUUGUUCUUGUCAAAUUUUCAGAUCCUUACCCUUUCUGAGAAUAUGAGUGUGUAUGUGAUAUUUGUAUGGACUAGGAAAUGGCGAAACAUUUGUAUGUAUGAUAUGUGGGUUUGUCUACACUGAAAUGCCAGUCUUAUAGUGAACAGGCAAUUUGUUGGCCCAUGUGUCUUAUACUCUGUAUUUUUUAAAAGAAAUUCAAUCUGAUGAAACAGUU